UUCAGUCAGAAGCAGCAAUUUCGGGUGCGCGGGGUACUUGACUUUAGUUUUGUAUUUUACAAGUGCAUGAUGGCCCGGAGUGUUGAACUUGGUUUUAUUGAAGCAACUACCCUACAUGAUUGGAUCGAAGAGAAUAAUGACGUUGUCAGGCAAUGGAGGGUUGCUGUUUCUGCUAAUACUAGCAGUCCAUUGCAAAACACUUUACAGUCAUGUCAUUUGUCUCUCUCCAAACUACUACUGAAAAUACAAGGGCUGCCACCUACAGUUCACAGUCUUCCUGUGGAGCUAAAAGUGUUGUACAAUACUGUUGUUUUAGAUAUUGGUGUCUCAGACUGCAUCACCCAAAAGCAUGCCAGUAUGUUAAGCCAAGGACUUUGUAGAGUUUUAGAAGUACAAGGUCAAAAGGCAGUUGGAUUGAACAGCAUGGAGCUUUGGCAGCAAAUACUGCAACAUAGUGAUGGAGAACCAGUUGUGACACAUUUGUAUUAUUUAGCCUGUUUACAGCUUGCAGUGUGGCUUCCUGAACGACAACUGGAAAACACGAAGGCUUUGCUUCAGCUGCUUAUGAUGGCUCCAGGUGCUGUUUCCUUUGAUUCUGGAAAACAAGAACAGAAUCUACUGACACUGUUUUCAAACUGGAGAAUGUUUGAUGAUGAUAUAGCUGUCCUUGUUGUGCAAGAUAUCAAGGUCUUAAAAGGCAUCCUGUACUCUUGCACUGCAUUUGUUCAAGGUUUUCAGAAAAUGGAAGAAGAUAAAUUUAAAGAUGCCAUCCAUAUAUUGCAUGAGGCUGCUGGAGGAAUUUGUUCAAGGAGAACUCUAGCAGAACUGUACACUCUGAUAGGAUCGUGUACAUGGAAGCUGGGUAAACCUCAAACUGCAUUGCAAUACUUCAAACAAGCCCUUCAGACAGAUCCCUUGUACUUAACUGCUCUUCAUCAAACCUGCAAUUUAUACCAGCAGCUUGGAAUGAUAGAUGCUGAAUUAGGGGCCCGUGAUCUCUUAUGCAGAGUUCUGCAGAACAGUAAUGGAAGUAAUAUUCAGUCUGAUCCUGCUUGCUUAGUACAAGGUGAAAUGCUUAUUCGAAGUCCUGCCUUAUCUCACUAUUUUGCAGAAGUCAAUCAGUGCUGUGCUAAAUAUACUUUAGCAAGGCGGUACAUGCAGGAUGGAAGGGUAACAGAAGCAGUGGAGCAUUAUCUUGAUCUAUUAUCUUUGUUCCAGGACAAUGCACAGCAGCAAAUAUUUCUGGGUACAGUUGUGACUAGAAUUCCAGAAGUAUACUUGGAAGCUGCUUCAGCCCUAAUACAAGCAGAGAUGUACCAUGACGUCAUUUCUGUAUGUGAUGAGAUUGAUAGUUGUACUGUGGACUUAAUUCCAGAGAAACUGACCCUUAAGUUGUAUACCACUGACCCAAAUGUGCUGGAAAUUUUGGGAAAGAAGAUUACAUUAGCUGAUUCCGAUGUCAGAGUUGCAUGGUGGCAACAUUCUAAUGAUUCUCAGAAUACAUGGAAGCAGAAAAGAGAGAGACUUAAUGCUAUCUUGUGGACUGCUGGAGCUUAUUUUCUGCAAGGAAUAGCUUACACACAUCUAAAAGCAAAUAGAGAAGCAGUAACUUAUUUUAGCAGGUGCCUUCAUGUACUUUUUAAAAUCCAAAUUGUAUAUGUGGAGGAGAAACAUUGUGAUUCAGUUCAAGAUGCCCAUUCUGAAAUAGCUGUGUUGCAGAAGAUGAAAUCAUUGGCUUUUAUUGAAAGAGGACGGUUGUUUUUGGAAUGGGGACGAGAAAAGGAAGCUUUACAAAACUUCCAGCUGAGUUUACAGACUGCUCCAGACAGUAAUCGAGCCAAGUAUUUUCUUUUACAUGUUUUGUGGAAACAAAACCGGAAGCAGGAAGCAGUGUCCUACUGGCAAAAAUAUCAGCACUCUGAGAAAGUGGCAGAGCAUCAGAAAGCAGCUGAAAGAGAUUAUCCAUUAUACAUUGCUUUUGCUACAAAAGAUGUAAAUUCCCAGGAAGAAGAAUCCUUUUUCAGAAUGAUUCAAGAAUACAGUAGAACAGCUGCUAUAGUUUGACAUGUUACUAUAGAUGUUCAAAAUGUACUGCCCAGGAAUUUCAUUUACACAAGAAGAAACAUGGAACAGAAUGAACACAAUGAAAAGGUCUUGCAACUAAAGUUAUAGUUAUAACUCUGUUACCUAAUGGUGCAGGACACUUGCAACAGGAUGAAGGUAACAAAACAAAACAAGUGAGUGGUACCGUCAAGCAAGCAACAGUCAAAAGGAGGGAGAUAUUCAGAAACUUAUUUUAGAAAGGGAAGACUUUUAGAGAGCUCUAAUUUUUUGUCAAUGAGUAUAACACAGUGAAAUGUGCUACUGUCUUUGUCAGAUAAGUGGAAUUAUUUCCUUGUUUAUUUUUGUGGAAAUUAGUUCAGUGCUAUAAAAAGCAGAUAGAUGUGCAUUAAGAGCUAUGUUUCAGAAAACUCUAGCUUUAUAUAUGCUAGUGUUUAUCAAAAGGAUGAAUUAGGAUCAGAAGAGAGGCAUGGCAUCUGUCAGUAUCACUGAUGAAGAAUUCAGAAAUAGGCUGUAGGAAUCAUCCAUAUGAGAAGAACAAUCAAUUUUUGUAUUUAUUGCUGCCCUGAGGAGGAGGAAUUUAAUGGUUCACCUAAUUCCCUCUGAGUUGCAUCUCAGUAGAGAUUCAACCAAAUGGAAACAACUGGUUGAACCUUUAAGCUAAUAAACUAUUUUUUAGUGUUUUUUGCAGGGGACAACACCUACAUACACCAUGUGUAACAGACUGUGUGCUCCAUAUAUCUUUAUAUAAAUAUCCUAACUCCACAGCUGCAUAGCCUCAUAAUAAAGACCGGAUACGAAGAAUCACUGCCAAUGCAUGCACAGAAUUUACAGAAGCAAUGAAUUCCUACGGCAGACAUUUUUGAGAGUUCAGCUUCGGUGACUGUAAACUAAUGAGCUGAAACCUCAACUCUCUUCCUUCCUUACUGUGCUCUUUGUAUUGCCUUGGCUGGGGUCUUUCCUUUCCUUACACCUUUUAGGUUUUCACAGUCCUGGUGACAGCCCCCCCCCCCCCCACACACACACACACACACUUCCCGUUACUUCUCUAAUCAGGACUCCUUUCUGACUGUGUACGCAUUAUAAUGGGUGAUUCGUGAAUAUGCCCCCCAGGACAACGACUUCCCACUCUUUGAAGUAUAGACUUGUGGCUAAAGUUGCCCUGUACUGUUGCUGGAUCUUAUUGAAGUCAAGGUCCAUCUGAAAGAUCUGACCUAGAAUGAUGUGCAGCCAAGUGAAGCAAAGUGGUAAGCUCUCUGUUUUCUCUCUCCUAUUAUUUUCUCCAAUGAACUCUCAAUACUUCUGCAUUUCUGUCCUGCUUUUUAUGAGGUCAGUAGAAGGUAGUAGUCACCUGAACUUUCCCAUUGGGAUAGAGAACUGCCUACUGGCACAAGAUCAUUCCCAGUCUCUUCCCGUGAAAUAGCUCAGACCCUUCAAUAAACCCAAGUUACAUACUCUGAAGUUGGAGCUCAAAACAUCUGCACCAGUGGCCUUGUGGCUUACAAUUCAUAACUCUCAAAAUAUGACAGGAGUCAUUGAAUUGCCAUUUGGUGGAUUAGUUGAAGCAAAUUUAACUUUCAUCAUUACAUACUUUGUUCCUGUUUAAAAACACAUGAAGGCAGAGUGACACCAUAAGCAUGAGGAACUCUCCAGUUCUCGGUGUUGUAAAUGCCACUAUACAGCUACUCUGCAACUAUUUACCCUGCACACAACUUUGGUUUGAUAGUGUUAAAUAAGUUAUGGCUUAUACUAAGACUUGUUCAGAAUGCUAGUGCUUAGCCUAUUUUACAAAGGUGUAGAUGGAGAAAGAAAGAGAACAGUGGUUGUAUUAGUUGGUACAAGCGGCCCAAAUGGUUGUGACAAGAGUAUUUGAUUACAGUCUGUCUCUGUUCCUUUCUCCUUGUCCUGCCCAUGCUACCUCAGUCUCAGCUUUUCACUGUUUUCUGUGUGCCAUUGCUGUUGAUCCUAUAAAACACUGUAAUAUGUGUUUUAUUUGCAAAUGACGAGACCAUUAAAUGGUUUACAAGUAGUUGAAAUUAACUUUAUCUCGAUCAGCUGAAAGAAAAUACAUUUUUCUUUAUGAAAAUGUUUUCAUACUGAAUCUGUCAAGCCUUGAUUUUUUGUUUGGAGACAUUAUUCCUCUCCCAUCUGCCAGAUGAAGUUCAAAGAUCAUUACAACUCAGAGAUAGAAAUACAGUUUGUAGUUUUCUUAGAGUGAAAGGGCUGUUUUUAACAAAUCCAUGCUUUCCUUAGAUGGAGAAAAUUAUUUUCAGUGAAUCAGUCUUUUGAAAUGCACAUUGUGUUGAUGUAAUUUAAGUCAAGCAAGUGCAAAUAUUGGGAGCUGGAGUCUCUAAACUCCACGGGUUAAGAUGCCUCCCACAAGUGAAGCAUUAUACCAGGCACACCUACACAGAUUCGUGGUUACUGCCAUAGUCUCUCCGUAACUUUGGCUACUUUUUCUCCAUAACAGACAACUAGGCUGAUAUAAAAAUUGUGGGGCUGAUCUUCAUCCAAUGAUGUGUGUAAAACAGUUGGAAAUUACUUAAUGAAAAUCGAUUUUGACAGCAAGUAAGGCCUUAUUCAUCCAAGAUUUUUCACUUUCUUUUAUUUAUAUUUGCUGUCAGAUCUAAUCACAACAUUAUAGUUUUAUGUAAGAACCACAAGUGGCAGCUGAGUUAUUGCAGAAACAAAUCAAGCCUUUUGUUUUUGUAUAAGUAAAAAAAAAUUAUCCUAUCUCUUUGAUGACUUGCAUCUACAAAUGAGGUACUUCUGCUCCAGUAUCUGUAUUCUGAAAAUUAAUAACAUACUGGAAUGUGCAGUGAGUAUUUUCAGCUCAGAUGUCUUUAUCUGAUAAGUAAUAAUAUAGUGGAAUGUAUUUUAUAAUUCUAAGUAUUGUCAUGCUUCUGACACUGCGUUUCUGCAGUAUCUAAAAAAACAUUUUAAGACAAAAAGUGGCAGUGGUAUCUAACAGACAGCUAACUUUGGAGCCAGUAGAUAGUAAAGAGAUUGAAAAAGCAGAAUUUUGGACGACAGUGAAGAAUUUUUGCCAAUCUUCCACUGUACUGUCUCUAUGGGAUAUUUAAGCUGAAGCCUCAGAAGUGCAUAUCUGAUAGCCAUGACAGAAAAAGUAACAGUUUGAAUGGCUACUGGUAUGUCUGCAGUGGUAUACAGAAUGUAUACUGCACCAUGUCUGUACAUUGAUGAGUUUACUUUAUGCAGCACAAUUACGUGAAAAAAAAAAAAAUCAAAACAUGUUUGAGUAACAAAGGAAUUGCCUUAUUUUCAUGCUUAACUUGCACAAGGAUCCGUUUUCUCCAGUACUUAAUUUCAAAUUGUGAUUUAGUAAUCUUAUGGCUUUAUGAAUUAGACGCUUCAUUGUCUUUAUUUUUUAGCAGCAGUUAAAAUGAAAGAAUGAGUUUUAAACCUCAAUAUUUACUUUUGAUUUUCAUAACCCCCAUUUCCAUGUUGUGUAACCCUGAGCAAAUCACUAAAUUUCUACUUUCUUCUUAAAAUAUUCCCAUAGUUAAGUUUUGCUUAGUAUGCAUUUCUUCAGUGAAUUUUUUUAAAACAAUGCAUCAGCUCAGAUUCUAGAAUGAUAACUAGUCCAUUUUUGUAUGUAAACGUGUCUCUGGAUGUUAAGAAAUAACUUAAAAAUAUAAGAAGUGUUCUGUUUUUUGUUGUUAAUUUUAUAUAGCUGCAAAAUACAUGUAUGUGUUAUAUUUAAUGUUACACAAAUGUCAUUAAAACAUUUAGCUGUAAAUUGUGACAUAA